UGUUACACAACUCCAAUUACCAUUUGAAAUCACCGAAUCGUAGAUGAAGAGCCGGGCCACUUCAAUAUUCAAAAUGGCGGCAUUAUCCCUAUUAUUGCUCUUGUUAAUAAGCACGAGAGUAGCGGCGAACAUCACUGCUCCUGAAAUAGACAACAAUGAAGCUGAUUUAAAUGAAACUUCUGACAAACACGUGGAUGACUCCAUCGACCCUUACAUUUACAUAGAAAAAACAACUGAAGAUUUCAAACUAGAUAGUCACAAGUUACAGUCUAUUGAAAACCACGAUUUGAAUAACAAAGACAAAGGCGAUUCUACUAAGAAACAAACGAACGUCACCAACAAAACAAACGCCCCAAUCGUGACACAUUUGAAGUGCACCACCAAAAAUUCAACGGCUAAAGAUAAAGAGACUGUCAAGCCUAAGAAGCUAAACAUAUACCUGAACAACCUGUACUCUCGGGUGACGACGAACUUGAUCGAGGAGAAGGUGUCGGUGGAGAGCCUAGAGGGCGCUGGCAUCGGGUUGUUCGACGUGGUGAGCAGCGACUGCGGGGGCUCCAAGGUGUGUCCGCGGCGCGCCGGCAACUGGACUGCGAAUGACACCAUCACUAUAGGAUUCCUUGGGGCUUAUGGGCGGAGUCACACGGUGCUGGGCGCGCUGCCACUGGCGGUGGCGGCGGUGAACCGCGAGCGCUCGCUGCUGCCCGGGCUGCGGCUGCGCUUCGUGGCAGCCGACGUGGGCCGCCCGCGCCCGCCGCUGCCGCGGGACCGGGACGCGCUGUCGCUCAGGGUGAUGACUCAGAUGCGCGACCUGGGCGUGGUGGCGUUCUUCGGGCCGGACGCGACCUGCCACACGGAGGCCAAGCUGGCCGCCGCCUGGAACCUGCCGCUCAUCUCGCACCGCUGCGCGGGCGCGCGAGGGUCAUCACACAACGGCGCCGGACUCGGGGCUACGUUCGCCCGCACCCUGCCCCCUGCCUUCAAGGUCAGCAAGUCGGUGGUGGCCCUGCUGCGGGCGUUCAACUGGGACAAGUUCGCGAUCGUGGCCGGUGACGUCACCGCCACGUCACAGAGCGCGCAGCAAAUGGACGCUAUUACCGAGCUGGCGGAGAGCUACGGCAUGACGGUGACGGAGGCGCAUCGCUUCCCCGACUACAUCCCCCUGUAUAAGGCGCACAUGGAGCGCAUCAUCGACGACACCUACCAGAACACACGAGUGUACGUGUUCCUGGGCGAGCAUGUGGCCCUGGUGGACUUCGUGAAGAUCCUGGAGCGGCGCGGGCUGCUGGCCGGCGGCGAGUACGCGGUGGUGGCCGUCGAUGACGUCAUCUACGACCCCAACAACACCGCCAUCACGCAGGACGAGUACUUGUGGCGCAACAGCAGCGAGCACGUGCAGGCGUUCAGGGCGGUGCUGAAGCUCACCCCCUCCUUCCCCACCAACCCGCAUUACAAGGAGCUCUGCAAGAUGAUCCGCGCGCUUUCCGCCACUCCACCGUUCUGCGUGCCCAACUACCACCGAAUAUUCCAGUUCGCCUCCGUGCCAAUAGAAGCGGCGCACCUCUACGACGGAGUGACCCUGUGGGCGCGCGCCGCCACCGCCGCCAUGCGCGCCGGCGUGCCGCCCACCGACGGCGCCGCGCUCAUGCAGCUGCUGCGGCCCACCACCUACCGCUCCGUGCAGGGGUUCGAUAUGUACAUGGACGAGGCGGGCGACGCGGAGGGCAACUUCACGGUGAUCGGGCUGGUGCCGGACGCGGCGGCGGCGGGCGGCUGGGCGGCGAGGCCUGUGGCCACCUUCCGAUAUGCCAACUCUUCGGAGUUGUUGCCGGAGCUGGUCGGAGGCAGCAAGAUCUCCUGGAUAGGCGGCGCCCCUCCCAUAGCCGAGCCAGCUUGCGGUUUCGACGGUGCCAAGUGCGCUCUACCCCACGACCCUGGGGUGUUAUCUGCUGCCAUAGCGGUAGCAGCGGCGGCCAUCUUGGCUGCGGCGUUGCUGUUCAGACACUACCGCUAUGAGCAGAAACUGGCGUCGGUGCUGUGGAGGAUUGAGGCCAAGGAGCUCGUGUUUAUACCGGCCUGCGGGGUUGGGGGUGGUGGUAAGGCGUCAAUAACCCAGGACACGGACGCGAAGCGCGCCUACACCACCAUCGCGCUGUGCCGCGGCAACAUCGUCGCCGUCAAGCGACUCCAGAAGAAGAGCAUCGAUGUUACUAGAGCCAUCCGGAAGGAGCUCAAACAGGAACUAUCACUUGAAAGCUCAGGGAAGACAUAG